AGCCGGAGGAGUGGGGAGGCCAGGCCAAUUGGUACCAGAACUGGGGUAGGGCCGUGUCCGGCUUCUCAAGGAAAGUUUAGGCAUCUGUCCCCACCUCCAGACUUCCGGUUCCGGUUCUCAGGUUCUGCGGGCCGCGAUCGCUAUGGAGGAACCCGAGAUGCAGCUAAAGGGGAAGAAAGUCACAGACAAGUUCACUGAGAGCGUCUACGUCCUGGCCAACGAGCCAUCUGUGGCCCUGUACCGGCUGCAGGAACAUGUUCGCCGCUCUCUGCCAGAGCUGGCCCAGCAUAAGGCCGACAUGCAGCGGUGGGAGGAGCAGAGUCAGGGAGCCAUCUACACAGUGGAAUAUGCCUGCAGUGCCGUGAAGAACCUUGUCGACAGCAGCAUCUACUUCCGCAGUGUGGAGGGCCUCCUCAAACAGGCCAUCAACAUCCGGGACCACAUGAAUGCUGCCACUCAGGGCCACAGCCCCAAGGAACCACCCGCACCCUCCUCAGUCUGAUCCCGGAAGAGACUUGGAGGUGCUUUGGCCCCUCCAACCAGGGUCCUACAUACAGCCGCAUUUUACAGAAGAGGAAACUGAGGCUCAGAUAGGCGAGGCAGGGUCACCACCCCUGACUGCAAAUGUGGAGUCACACCCGACCCUCCAACCCCCUGGGCUUCAUCUCUUCCCCCAACUCUGUCAGGCUCCUGCCUCAGGUGCUGCCUCAUCUGGGUGGCCCUGCAGCCCUGGGAGACUCACACCUCCUCGCCCUGACCCUCGCCCCUAGCCUGACCAGAGCUGGGCCCUUGGACACAACCUUGUGAGACCUAGGAGGGACUGAAGACGGAGCAAGUAUUGACAGUGCAGUCCUCCCGCUCCUGCCCAGGCUCUCCAGGCCAGCUGUGAGUGUCCCAAAAUGAGGCUUCGCCAUCCCUGGACUCUUACUCCACAUCAGCCAUGGCCCCUCAGACCAAUAACUGCUGCCAUGUUAACCCCAAAUGAUUACCCAUCGUGUGCUCAGUGCUGUGCUGGGGGCUCUGCAAGGGUCAUCUUUCAUCGUGAGAAAGCCCUGUGAGGCAGGUGUCAACCCCAAAAUACAGAUGGGAGAAGAGAGGCUCCAAGAUUUGGCAUGAUUUGUGCAAAGGUACAGACCUAGAGGAGGUGGUCCCCUGCCUGGUUUGGUUCCAGCCCUGCCUCUGACCUGCUGUGUAAUGGGCCUGGAACUGGCCCUCUGUGGUCCUCUCUCCAUCUGGACAAGAAAGGCUGGACUGGACCUCCUCUACAGGCUGAGGUGGACAUUUGUGCACCUACCUGCCUGGCCUGCAUUCUGCCUCAAGCAGAAAUACCCACCCAGGCUCAGGCCGUAUGGCUCCAGGAAUGGACAUGGGAUCCCCAUCUCCCAGGUCACUGAUUGGUUUGAGAUGGGCAUGUGACCCAAUGAGAGGUCUCCCCCAGGAAAUUUUGCUGGAAGCGUGGGAAAAGUACCAUCUUCCCACUAGGGUUGUUGAGCUGGGCAGAUGAAAGGGAGGACCUGAGACCAUUGCAUGGGCCCUGGAUCCAGCUGUACCUGACAGUAGUGCCUAAAUUACAGUAUUUGCCAAACUUU